AGCUGGCUCGGUCACAUGACGGAGGCGAAACGUGAAAUCCGGCCGGCCCUCGAGCAAGUUUGUUGCUUCUGCGAAAGGCGCGCGGAGUCGCUUCUCCCGGACGCAGGAGAUCCCCUGAGGAGGAUCCUUCAUCGCUUGGGUCUCUUUCGGCCCCUCCCUGAAUCCCGAUCUCCAGGAACUAGGAAGCUCGCAGAUGUCCUUCUGACCGGCUUGUCACUUCAUGCGGGCCACUUGGACGGGAGAAUGGAGAAACUCAAUAAACUCACCGUGCCGGCGGGGCAAAAACUCAGGCAACUUCAAAAAAUAGUGCAUGAUAUCAAGAAAAAUGAUAGUGGAAUAAUGAGCAAGUUCAAAAAGUUCCAAAAUGAACAAGUGGCCUUAAUAUGCAAAACUGGAAAAAAUACAUGGGAUCGGUUAACUAGUAAACCACCACCAAGCAUACCACCUGUUGAUUAUGUUCCAGACCGUUCAGAAGAAGAGGAACAGUGGUCAGAUGACUUUGACAGCGAUUAUGAAAAUCCAGAUCACCACUCGGAUUCUGAGAUGUAUGUGGUUCCCACAGAAGAGAACUGUGACGACAGCUAUGAGCCUCCUCCAAGUGAACAUGAGCCAAAGACGGUCCCAAUACCAUUCACAUGUGCUCAGGGUGUCUAUGCAGAUGACAAACGAUCUAGCAAACCGAAGACGUGGCCCUCACCUAUUCUGCCAAACCAAUCUGCAUCUCUAUCAAAGAAACCAGCCACUUUACCGCUACCGCCACCUGCUGUUCAGAAGCCUAAACUCCCACCCAAGCGAAUGGAUGAUGAGGCAGAUUAUGUUGUACCAGUUGAUGAUGAAGAUGAUGAAGAUAAUUAUAUAGAACCCACAGAAGAAAGCACUUCACAACCUGUAAAACCACCCGUGGUGAACAGAUCAACCAAGCCUCCCUGUUCUGUGCCAUCACCUUCCACACUAGAUGUAUAUGAAGUUCCUGAGGAAGAGCAGAAAUCAUCACCUCCAUUACUCAGGAUAUCCAAGCCGCUUCCUCCCAAGCCAGCUUUGAGGCCAUCUGGAGGACUUUCUCAUGAACGCAGCAUACCUAAAGAAUCCUUCACAUCCGAUACAUUUAAAUCAGACAGAAACAUUUUACCACUUCCAAGGCACCGCCCUUCACCGAAAGCUGAUCCAGAGGUCAUUGGAGCUCAAACUGAUGGAAAUAAUAGCAGCAAUGGUGCUACAGAAUUUAAACUUCCUUCUGUUAAUGUUCCAUCGCCAUUUCCCAGGAUCACAAAAAAGCAAAUGACUCCUGCAAUACCACCGAAACCAAGCUUACCUGAUAGAGACCACUUAAAUAUUGCUGAAGAUAAACCUAUACCUGCUGAACGCCGCCGGGGUUCCAGUCACGACAUGCCUCUUCCACCCAUCCCUUCCAGCAUUCAAAAGCCAUUACCUCAGAAGCCACCAAUCUUGUCAAGGUCUCCAGAACCUGCAAGCCACACUAUACGCACUCGAAGUAAUAGCCUUCAAGCAGAACAGGAUGCUGGUGUUCUUGGUCAAGCAUGGUACAUGGCUUCUAGUGAUCGGAAAAUAGCUGAGGAGGCAUUAUAUAGAUCAAACAAGGAUGGGUCUUUCUUAGUAAGGAAGAGUUCUGGACAAGAUUCAAAGCAACCAUAUACACUGGUUGUAUUUUAUAACAAAAGAGUAUAUAACAUUCCAAUCCGAUUUAUUGAAUCUGAAAGACAAUACGCUCUGGGUAGAGAAAAGACUGGUGAGGAGCACUUUGACAGUGUGGCAGAAAUAAUAGAGAAUCAUCAGCGGACUUCUCUCGUUCUCAUUGACAGUCAAAACAAUACAAAAGACUCCACCAGGCUAAAAUAUAUUGCUAGAGUUUUGUAACUGCACCAAGGAGCAUCAUGGAGUAUCUUCUAGCCCUUAUUUUCCAAGGAUUUGAGCAUCUGAACAAACAUGCACAACUAUUGCUAGAAGAAUUUUCUUCACACUUUCCAGCAAGCACCAGGCUGUGACAAAACUAGUGGAUUCAUUUGUGAAGUGCUGCUCCAGUCAGAAAGUGUCCAAAGCCUUUUUACAUAUAAAAGACAUUACAAGGCAAAAAAAAAUCUCAGUGGCAGACAAGCUAUAUUUAAAAUUAUACCUGCUAGCGUUUAAUUGUCCUGCUAAACUUUGUAUUUUUUAAAGCUAGGGUGUCUGUAUUCCAUGCAACCAGCUAAAAGCAGGAUUUUUAUUCCUCUGACAGCCAUCUAAAAUAACCAGAAUGUCUAUUUAGUGUAAUGGACUGGUAUGUGUUUUACCUGUAUUUGUUGAAGCUAUUGUCCAAUUUUGAUUUAAGUGUACAUAUAUGAAAAUAAUUAUGUAUAAUUUAUCAAGAUGCAGUCAUGAUCUGUUAAGAAUUUAUAAUUCUUGCACAGUAAAUACUUAACUAUU